UCGUGUGGGCAUUUCCAUGACGGCGAAGUGGCGAUUAUCAUCCACGAACACGGCCUCCAUUCAUCUCUAAUUACACAUGUGGAAGACCAAACGAAGAAUGCUACAGCCAUGACUCGAUCGGAAGGGGAUUCGUACCGAAGUGCUGCGUCGGCACAGAUGACACGUAAACAGUGUACAGAACGGUGACAGAGCUUGUAAACUGCAGCCAUGGAUAUACAGAAGAAGUAUCUGUGCCCCCGCCUGGUCGAUUAUCUCGCCAUCGUGGGGGCCAGACUGCCGUCAGUCUCUCGUCAGCCUGUGCAGGUUCCAGAAUUGCUGCGAAGAUAUCCAGUGGAGGAUCACAAGGAUUUUCCCCUGCCCUUGGACAUGGUCUACUUUUGUCAGCCGGAGGGCUGCACGAGCGUGGGCCCAAAACGCACAGCCUUACGAGAGGCGACCUCCUUCACGUUCACCUUGACGGACAAAGAUUCUGGUAGAACUCGGUACGGGAUAUGCGUGAAUUUCUAUCGGCCGAUAGAAAGGGUAGGAGUCGCGGUCGCUGGUGCAAUGGCCGUAAGAAGGGACAAAUACAAUACCACGUUCAGGAGGGAGAGCUGGCGGAAGAGCAUGGAAAAGAGCACGGAUUCUGCCUUUUCUAGCGACUAUAGGAGCAGUGCGGUGGGCCCUAGCGAUUCAGAGAAAGACUGUCCCAGCAGCCGAAGGGACUCCGACACUUCCCACAUACCGAGCGCACCGAGAUUAGGGAUCACCGCGCCCAGUGGCGACAGCGAGAGCGGCGGAAGCCACACUCCAUCGCCGUGUGCUUCGCGUAGACGACAGAGGAUACGAAACCACUCCCUGACGUCACUCUGCAUCAUUUCCCAUCAUCCAUUCUUUUCGAUGUUCCGGGAAUGCCUUUUCGUUCUGAAGAAGAUCAUCGACGCGUGUAACGAGAGCUCCUCGCCGCAAAAAGUGGGAGCUUCGAGGCAGACUAACAGAGACACGGUAUGGAGCGUUCUAACCGGACAGAUACUCGAGGGAACGCCGUCUAUAGUGCUCCACGACGUACGCGAGAUCGAGACCUGGAUACUGCGUCUGCUGAGCAGCCCGGUACCGGUUCCCACAAAGACACGUGUCGAGGUCGAGAUCGUGUCGCAAAGUAUGCAGCCACCGCUCUGUUUUGCACUCCCAGACCACACUAGAUUCUCUCUCGUUGAUUUCCCUCUGCAUCUACCCCUGGAACUUCUUGGCGUUGACAUAUGUCUGAAGGUCCUCACGUUGAUUCUUUUGGAGCACAAGAUCGUGUUGCAAUCCCGCGACUACAAUGCCCUGUCGAUGUCCGUAAUGGCGUUCGUUACAAUGAUUUAUCCUCUGGAGUAUAUGUUCCCCGCGAUACCGUUGUUACCCACGUGCAUGAACUGCGCGGAACAGUUGUUGCUUGCACCUACACCAUUUGUUAUCGGAAUACCCGCUACUUUUUUAUUGUACAAAACGAACUUUAAAAUGCCCGAUGACAUUUGGCUAGUGGACCUAGACAGCAAUAAGAUAAGCGCGCCUACUGGUCUGGGCGAUCAAUUGCCACCGUUGCCCGAACCAGAAGGCAGCAUCCUAAAGAAUCACCUGAAGCAGGCGAUGCAACUGAUGGACCAAGCCGGCUCUGGUGCAAUGUCUAGUAUGAAUCCGCAACCGUUACCGCAUGACGCCACCCCGAGAACAUCGCUCCAGGCUCCCAGUCGAAGGGAGAGCACGACCUCUCAUCUGUCUACUUUGAGCAUAUCGUCGAAGCACAGACCGAGCAUCGACCACCACCACCACGCUUAUCCGCAGAGUAGCCCGUUGGGUUCGCCGGGCACGAUGACUUCCGGUGGCCGUCGAUUCUCUAUGUCCCAAUCGGCCGGUUCUUCGUCGCCCCAGAAGCCAAUGUCACAAGUCACGUCUCCCUUCAAUCCCUUCAUUCAGGACAACGACGUGGACUCGGUGGACGUCGCCACCAGGGUGGCGAUGGUGCGAUUCUUCAACUCGCAGAAUCUUCUCGCGAACUUCACCGAGCACACGCGAACGCUUCGAUUGUAUCCGAGGCCGGUGGUUGCAUUCCAGAUUAACUCGUUUCUGCGCUCGAGACCGAGGGCCAGUCACUUUUUAAGCAAAUUCGCCCGGACCCAGGCGGUCGAGUUCCUCGCCGAGUGGUCGUUGACACCAAACAACGUGGCGUUCCUCAGGGUACAGACGGGGGUGUUCGAUCCGUCCCAGAUCGGCGACAAGUCUAAGUGGUUUGCUUCGACUCUGGAACCGAUUUAUUUCCCGGUCUGGGAUUCAGGGAGCUCGCUGGCGAACGCCCUGAAGGCGAUGAAGGAACACGAGAAUCAGCCGACCGACGAGAGCGGCUCGGACUCGGAGGGCGCUGAGAGUACGAGUUCAUCUUACUCCUCUUUGAGCGAUUUCGUCUCCGAGAUGGUGUCCUCGGACCUAUCGCCGAGUUACAAUUAUUCCCACGCGGCCGAGCCCCAGCCGAUGUCCCUGUCGGUGGAUCCGAAGAACGUUUACAAUCCACCGAGUGCGUUGCAAUAUCCCGGGGUAGACGAGGAGUCCACGGUUAGGCCAGAAAGUCCACCGAGUACAUCGUCCAGCCACAGCGAUCUGAGCAGUCCGAGCUUCAACAGAGACUCGGAAUUCGAGUUGAACCCGAAGGCUCAAGAAGACUCGCCGUCGACCAACAUCCAACCGUCUGGAGCGGUUCUUCAGCGUCACCCGAGCGUUGGGAACGUUUUAGCGAGGGCGUCGAGCUUCGGGACCGGUACCGGACCGCUGUUGCCCAGACAGAUGAGCAGCAGCAGCGCUGAGAACUCCGAGUCGUCGACGGUAUCCAGACAGCUUUCCGUGGGCGAGACGAGAAAGCUGUCCGUGGAAGGUGGACAGAGGCAGAGCAUCUCGAACGUGACUGGGAACGGUGUUCUUAGGCAAGGGUCGCAGGGAUCGUUGUUCGAGCAGAUAGCGACUCAGGCAAAGGAUCUGGUCAGGGAAACGACCCGGCAGAGCAGCCAGGAUGGCCUUCUUGCUCAGAUGGACAAGCUGAAACAUCAAGCGAAAGAGAAGAUCACAGAAGCCGGUGAAGACAGUCUUUUCGCGCCAUUGGAACAGUUCACGCAACAGACGAAGAAAGCUGUCGGGGAGGCGACGAAAUCCGUACAGGAGGCGUCGAAGACAGCGAUCGAAGCGAGCAAAACCGCGGCCGGCGUCAGCAAAAACACCUUCGACGAUCUGACGUACGUGGGCAAGAGCACUUUCGGCGAUUUGAAUAAUUCUCGAUCGAUCGUGAAAUGUUUACAGGGUCUGGGUGACUCGCAGCAAUCGCCGCCACCGUCGCCGGGUAUGCUACAACGUCGAGACUCGAGCAGCACGCAAUUGGUCGCCUCGGACAGCCGCGGUGGCCGCCGGGACAUUGGACGUGAUUUCUUCAGCAAUAUUAGUAGCGAUUUAAAUGGCAUCGCUGCGCAAACUAGCAGCAUGUUCAGUGAUCUAUUUGGCAGUAAGAAUAAUUCUAAUCGGAACGCCGGUCUGCAGCAGCAGUCACAAAAAGGGGACAAGAAGACGCCGAUACUGGGGCCAUUACCCAAAAGUAAAACGGGAUUGGUGGAGCGUUCGUCGUUGAUCAAACACUCCAACAAAGCCAGCGCGGAGGACAUUCAGAGGAUGCAGAACGCGGAGCGGUCCAGUACAAAUAGCGACAAUCAGGCUUUCCUCACGGACGUAGUGAAUCAAGCGUUAGCCGGCGAGGGCGUCGGUUGGCUGAAGCUGAACAGGCUGAAGAAACUAAUGGAAGACGAGAGCUACCGUGAUCUGAUGGUCAGCAAGCUGAACAAAGGUCUGAACAAGAAGAUCAGUCCUGACGAUCACAUCGACGAUGUGUGCAUAUCGAAGCCGGUUUACAAGGGGAUGCUAAAGUGCCUUCAAGCAGUGGCUCACGGUCUUGGACACACUUACAAUAAUUUCGGACUGGGCGGUAUGGCUUCCGUCUUCCAGCUAAUGGAGAUCGCGCACACCCACUAUUGGAGCAAGGACUUCUCGGAAGGGGGCGGAGGUUUCGACAGUUCUAUAAUGUCGCAAGCAUCCAGUCCAUUCGGUAGCAGGGAGAAUCUGAGGUCACCACAGUCACCUGCUCAUCAAGAAUACAGCGACGAACGACAAAGAUCAGCGUCCCAACUUCAUUUGGAAAUGCCGCACGGACACACGUCACCGGCUCCCGAGGGUUCUCAAUCGACGACGGACAUGUUCCUCGACAUGUUCACGAAAAAAGGGAAGUUCCUCAGCAGGCUAACUUCGUUCGACUCCGAGAGUGGGCGGGGAGGUGGAACAGGAAGCAGCGAAGCUUUGUCCACAGACGGAGGUAGCAUUAUCACUAACCCUGCUUUUCGGCAAGCGCACCAGGCUUCUUUCCGAAGCACUGUCUCUGAUAGCGAGGUCGAGCAAGGCAAUUUCCCACGUCAGCCGAAACAACGUACCGGAAGCGUAUGGUCGAGCAAAUCGUCGCUGAGCACCGGUUUCCGGUACCAUGGCGGAAGUCUGGUGCCGACAAACACCGCGCAGAGUCCAGAGGCCGCCAGGACAUACUUGUUCGAAGGACUAUUGGGGAAAGAGAGAUCGUCGCUUUGGGACCAGAUGCAGUUUUGGGAGGACGCGUUCCUGGACGCUGUGUCUCAGGAGAGAGAUAUGAUUGGUAUGGACCAAGGUCCAGGAGAGAUGAUGGAAAGGUAUAAAGGCUUGAGCGAAAGCGAGAAGAAACGACUAGAGCACGACGAGGACAGGCUACUGUGCACAUUGUUGCACAAUCUGACAGCGAUCUUAGUGAUGCUGAACGUCGAGAAGAAUGAACUGAAACGUAAAGUGAGAAGGUUGCUCGGGAAAAGCCACAUCGGUCUGAUCUACAGUCAGGAGCUGAACCAACUCCUCGACCAAAUACACAAUCUUUACGGCAACGACAUAGACUUGAAGCCCCUAACGUCACGACAGAUGCACCGACAGUCGUUCACCGUGCACGCAGGCGUCGACGCGGAGGGCGAUCUACGGUUCCUCGAGGUCCGUCACGACGGCCUCGUGCUCCGAUCGGUAAACGGCGUGAUCGUCGAGCGAUGGUGGUACGAGCGUCUCGUGAAUAUGACGUACAGUCCGAAGAACAAAGUAUUGUGCCUUUGGCGGCGAAACGGCGGGCAAACGCAGUUGCAUAAGUAUUACACGAAAAAGUGCAAGGAGCUCUACUAUUGCAUAAAAGACGCGAUGGAGAAGGCAGCGCUCCGCGGUCGGAGUGCAAACGUGGGAGUCGAGCUCGGCGGCGAAUUUCCGGUUCAGGACAUGCGUACCGGCGAGGGUGGGCUUCUUCAGGUUUGCAUGGAGGGCGUGGGUCUCCUCUUCGCGAAUAGCAAGGAUUUCGAGUUUUUUGUAAGACUCGAUCAUAUCCGCAAGUGCUUUACUCAGAAGGAUGGGAUCUUUGUAUUGGAAGAAUUCAAUCCAAAAACUAGACAAGUAGUUCAACGUAAAUAUAAGUCUCAAAUGGCAGAUCAAAUCUGUUACUCGGUACUCUGUGUGUUCUCUUACUUGGCUGCCGGGUUGGAGCAACGAAAGCAGCCUAACCAGUUACCACAACCUCCGCAACCACCUCAACAGCAACAACAACAACAACAACAACAACAACAACAACAACAACAACAACAACAACAACAACACCAGUCACAACAACAGCAACAACAACGUCAUCAGUCGCAACAGAAACAACAUCAACAUACACAGCCUCAACAACGUUCCCAGUAUCAAGCUCAUCAGCAACGUCAACAGACGACGCAACAACAACAACAACAAAAUUCAGGUAGCAACACAACAGCCGCGGCGAAUCACCAGGGCCAGAAAACCGCGCACUUCGAGCCCUAUCCACGGCAACACUGACACAGAGGCAGACACUCGCUCCCAUUUGUGCAUAAUUACAAUAAGUGUGCCCCCUACGCUUGCCUACCCUGGGUGUAAUAAAAACAAAACAUCUGUCCCCCUAAUAAACUUCGCCUAGUUACCCCGCAUGGCAGACGCAAGGAACUGGUUUUCCAAAAAAAAAAAAAAACCACGAAUAUUCGGAAUUCGCUCAUGAACACUCUCUGCCCCCUCCCCCACCCUUCACCCUCUUCGCCCGUGUGUAUCAUCCUCGCGCUAU